AUGGGCGCCCUCGGCGCACUCGCUAGCCUCUGGAGCUACCACAUCGCAUGCCUCCUGGGGCCGGAGCCCGCUCGUUGCACACCUGGGGCUGUGCAGUGGACUACGGCGGUGACCCUCCUCCAAGGACGCCAGACUUUCGGGCAGCCGCCGGAGGUCCUUGGCAACUGGCCGCCAAACUGGUACAUUCAGGGCCAAGCCAUGGCUGCACCACUCCUCGAAAGUGGCUCGGACCCCAACGACUUGAUGGGUUUCCUUUAUGCCUUGAUUCAGUCGAGGGAAGAUGACCACUACUCCGGCUUUGUCUAUGACCUCACGGCAGACGUGGAGCAGUGGAUCGGUGGAAAUCUGGUUCCAGCCAAUGAAGUCUGCCAGCUAAGCCCUGAAGAGAUGAGGUGGUGCAGAUAUAUCGAGGAACACUUCCACUUGGAAUACCUCGAAGCGUACUACCCCCACCAGCAAGUGGCCCUUGAGAACCAAGCGGGCACCCUGCCGCACGAGUUCUUCAAUCUCCAACCACCACCAGAAGGGGAAACGGAACCUGAGGCUGUACGCAGGGUGGAGUUCAAUGACAAACGACGGUACUCCCGCCUCAUGAGGGUGGUUCUACAGUUGCCGUGCCCGGGAGACAGCUCGGCCUCCUCAGGGGAGGAAACCUCAAUGUGGUGCCAGGCACACCCGCUACUUGAAGCUCAGCGAUCGCAACGAACGGCACCCGCGAGAGCUCCGAUGAGAACUUUGCAUCAAAUCAAGGUGCGAUGGAUGCAACAGGUCAUGGACCACCUACGGGAAGUUCACUAUGAGGGCCACGACGGGUGGUCUUACGAGAUGCUCCGGAGACGCAUCCUCGGAAGGGCAGAAGCACAAUACAGGAAUCGGGCGAUGGCCUAUCUGGACUCCAUUGGGUCGGUGAUCAUUCUUGCCGACACUUUCGGCACGGAACCUCCGGACUACGUGCAGGACUGGGCCAUCCAGGUGGAAGCAUCUCUCUACCGGAUCUUGUCGAUCAUGGAGCCAUGUCACAACCAUCUUGGGGAGACUGAGGCGACAUCUAGCUGGCAACAUGCUGGUGUGACUCACGCCUCGACCCCGCCUGGAACAGCUACCUUUCCGACUUUAUGUGCAACGAGCACCCAGGGGAUCUCGCAGGUCAUGGAGGUCUCUUCCAGCAACUCAGAGGGCACGGACUCGGAUGUCAUUGAGGUGAUCUCGCUUCAUGAUGACACCCAGGGGGAGGAUGACGAGAUAUGCUCACUUAUGGCAGGUGCUCCCAUCAACAAGAAGUGGCUCAAGGGACGCACGCCGCAAAGGAGAAGGACGACCCGGCGCAGACGAAGCAACCCUCGCCACACUGGGCCGCGCACCACCGUCACAACGGAAGUUAGGCGACUGACCUCCGCCUGUGACUCCGCUACGUCCUCCGGAGCGGCUCCUUCCUCAAGUGUUGGGAGUGGACGAGGUCGUCUGGAUCCCCACACCCGAGUGCCUCCCAAACCAAAGGCCAGGCCAGCACUUGCACGACCUGCGCGACCGGCACCCUCAGAGCCGGCACGGCCGCCGCCUACGGAAGUGCAGAGGCCCCUUACGAUCGCCGAGGCCGUGGAUUUGUGGCUGGUGCUACUGGGUAUGCAGGACGAAAAUGCUCCUACGGGGGCCUUUCCUACAACCUACCAGUGCAACGUCAUCUCGGAAACAUUCCUUGACCAGAAUUGGCACGAUCGAGUUGUAUUACUCACGAGUCUGACGAGGGUCACACAAAGAAUCCUUGAGGUGGUCUCCAAUCUGGUGCAGCUGGCAAUGGACAAUGAAGGAUCCCAAGACCUUGUGGACAUCGAGGUGGAAGCUGAUGACACUAAUCUCAUGCAGCUGGGACCUUUCCGGACACCCCCUUCGUCUGCAGGCACGGAGCAAGAGUGGCUAUAUGGCUUGCAGCAGCUCAGGCUCUCACUUGAGGCUAUGGACCAGGAUAGUCGGGUCUCCAUGGCUCACCUCCUGCUUAAGUUGUUGGAUUGGCGUACCACCAACGACCAGGCUGGCUACGUCCUCGGCCACGCUACCGGCAGAGCCUCCGACCUCUUGGCACUCCUUACAGUUGUACACGACGAUGUCAAGGGCAGGGUCACCACUUGUAUGCCCAACCAGGACAUAGCCUUACAGUUAUGGAAUCAGGUGUCCCCGUUUCUUCCAGUUGCUCAGGGCUCUCGAUGCGCUUCUGGCCGGGGCCUGGCACCGCACCGCCCUCCUUGGGUGGCUUAUGCUACGUUGCCGGAAGACACUCCUCCAACCUCUCCGGUUUCCGAGCACCCAGAAGCAGGGAAUCAUCUACCUGCCCCUGACCAGGUGGUGCAUGGGGACCUUCCAGCGCAUGUCAUUGAUGGCUUGGUGGAGCAAGAAAGGCAGGAUGAGCUCGAGGACCUUGCGCAGCCGCCUCACUCGCAACUCAUGCAUGAAGCAGAGGAGCAAGCGCAGGAACAGGCAAUCCGGGAACAUAUGCUGGACGUACAGCGUCGCGAGGGCGCUCGCUAUCAGCAAUGGGAGGACUGGGUUAUGAAUACAGCGAUGACUCAGGGCCCAAACCCGCGGAAGAGAAAGGGACUGCAAGUCACUCUAUCUACGGCAACCCCGGCUACAUCCUCUACAAGUGUCUUCAUACCGUUUUCGGGGGACUCGCCACAGGUAACACUGCAGUGGACCAUGGACCUGCCGGCUCUGACACAAGACGAACCUGAGUUUCCACCGGGACAGCCGGACUCAACUGGCCCAGCCAUGAUCGAGCCAGUGGACGAUGAAUCUGGUUCUCUUGCCCUCAAGCCGGAGGACCUGGACGAGGUCAUGCUCCAGCUCCAAAGGGGCACCCUUACAAUGGCUGGAGUGCUCAAACGGUAUGGGCCAGAUGCUCUCGACAUGGUGCAACUACAGUGGGCCAUGAAGGAUGCAACCAUGCAAGACGAGGCUCAGGACAGUGCACCUUCUGGACCGGCCACAGGGCUACCAUGGAGUGCCUAUGAUGCGGUGCACACUCAGUGGGUGCAAGGGUUAGUGACGGAUGCGGAGGUCGCGGAUCGGCUAGGUCCGGAAGCUCUUGAACUUUUCCAAGCCCGACGAGCACUCCAUGAGCAAGGCACAUGGACCCAGCCAGGAGGGGAUAGCCACGGUGACCUCAGCGAUGCACAGGUGCAGAUGGCCGUCGACGACCUCCUCGCCACAGGACACGGACCGGCAGCAACGGUACCGCCUUCCGAUACAAGCGAGCCGGAGACUGCCCCCUUUCGUGCUUUAUCUCCAUUACCUCAAGACGCGGCGGACCAGUUCGAAGGGUAG